AUGCAGGCAGGAGGACAGACACCGUACACCGCGCCCGAGAGGCAGUCGGGCCGAAAAGCACAGAUCUCAAAUAUUACCGCCGCCAAGACUGUCGCAGAUGUGAUCAGGACAUGUCUUGGCCCCAAAGCCAUGCUCAAGAUGAUUCUUGAUCCUAUGGGCGGUAUUCUCCUCACGAACGACGGAAACGCCAUCCUUCGCGAGAUCGAGGUCGCCCACCCUGCCGCCAAGAACAUGAUUGAGCUCAGCCGGACACAGGACGAGGAGUGUGGAGACGGUACGACAAGUGUAAUCAUUCUCGCGGGAGAAAUUCUCGCCCAAUCUCUCUCCCAACUCGAGCGCGACAUCCACCCCGUCGUGAUCAUCUCCGCGUACAACAAGGCCCUCCAAGAGGCCCUUGAGAUCAUAAAACGCAUCUCCAUCCCGAUCGACGUCAACGACGACGAGCAAAUGCUCUCCCUCAUCAAGACCUCGAUCGGCACCAAGUUCGUCAUGCGCUGGUCCGACCUCAUGUGCCGCCUCGCGCUGCAGGCCGUCCGGACGGUCGCGCACGACGAGGGCGCGCUCAAGACGGUGGACAUCAAGCGGUACGCACGCGUGGAGAAGAUCCCCGGCGGCGAGAUCGAGCAGAGCAAGGUCCUCGACGGGAUCAUGCUCAACAAGGACAUCACCCACCCGAAGAUGCGCAGGCGGAUCCAGAACCCGCGCAUCGUGCUGCUCGAUUGCCCGCUCGAGUACAAGAAGGGCGAGUCCCAGACGAACAUCGAGAUCUCGAAGGAGGCGGACUGGGCGCGGAUACAGGAGAUCGAGGAGGAGCAGAUCCGGCUCAUGGUCGAAAAAAUCGUCGAGCUCAAGCCGGACCUCGUCAUCACCGAAAAGGGCGUCUCAGACUAUGCCCAGCACUUCCUUUACAAGGCGAACGUGACCGCACUCCGCCGGGUGCGCAAAAUGGACAACAACCGGAUCGCGCGCGCGGUCGGCGCGACGAUCGUAAACCGCGUCGAGGACCUUCGCCCGUCCGACGUCGGGACCAAGUGCGGGCUGUUCUCGGUCGAAAAGAUCGGGGAUGAGUACUUCACCUUCCUCACGCAGUGCAAGGAGCCGCAAGCAUGCACGGUGCUCCUCAGGGGGCCGUCCAAGGACGUGCUGAACGAGAUCGACCGGAAUCUCGCGGACGCGAUGUCCGUCGCGCGCAACGUCUUCUUCGACCCUACGCUCGCACCAGGCGGCGGCGCGACGGAGAUGGCGAUCUCGGUCGGGCUCCAGCAAAAGGCGCGGAGCGUGACGGGCGUCGAGGGCUGGCCGUUCCGCGCCGUCGCGGACGCGAUGGAGGUCAUCCCGCGCACGCUCGUCCAGAACUCGGGUGGGAACGCGAUCCGCGUGCUCACCGAGCUCCGGGCAAAGCACGCCAACGGGGAGCACUCGUGGGGCAUCAACGGCGAAACGGGCAAGGUGGCGGACAUGAAGACGUACGGCCUGUACGAGUCUGCGAGCGUCAAGGUGCAGACGCUCAAGACCGCGAUCGAGGCCGCGCGAGUGCUGCUCCGCGUCGACGACGUUGUCAAGGCCACGCGCAAGGACAGGGAGCAGGGCGGCGGCGGCGGCGGUGGAGGCGGUGGGGCGCCCCCCGAGGAAAUGAUGGAGGGGUAG